AUGGAGUUGUCUCAGUCUCGCACCGGUAAAGAGAAGCAGAGGUGCGUUUUGCGCCUAAAAUUGACAUCCCUUCUGAUGAACACUCCAGAAAAAGUUGGUGGCACUGAUAAUAAAUGCAAAGCCACCCCUCAAUUUCAUUUCAAUUCACAGGCAAGAAGUAGUGAGCGAGAGCGACUUGAGAAUACUAACAGUCCCUUCAGCGCCCUUCAAAAUGCCUGUUCAGAUUCAAUAACCCACCUAUUUCCCUUUUCUUCUUCAGCACAUUGGCAUAUACCAACUACGUUGUUUGAUAACCAGGCUAACACAUGA